AUGCUCCUCCCUACUACGUCCUCAUCCUCUCCUGAAUCCUCCAUCUGCUCAACUUCAUCCUUUGAAUCUUCCAUCAAAUUAUGCGCUGUCUGUGAUCUACCAGCCAAAGGAAAACACUUCGGAGUCUAUAGCUGUCGAGCGUGUGCUGCCUUUUUUCGACGAGCGUCCACCCAAACCGAUGGAAUCCGUGUGUGCAAGAAGAACAAUAACUGCAAAUUAUUCAAUGGGAAUGGAUGGUUUCAAUGUAAAAAGUGUCGGUUGGACAAGUGUUAUAAAGUGGGAAUGAGUGUGCAGAAUUUCCAAUUCGAUAGAGAUCUGAUAAGGACAAAAGUUCAAGUGAUGGAGAGAAAUAUGCCAGCGACAAUCGAAGAAUUCAUUGGACGUCCCCACUUUGUCAUUUCCUGCGCUCCAAAUAUGCUGAAAAUGAACCCCUACGAGAAGAUAAUUGACUGCAAUGAAUUUGUAGGGAAAGGAAAGAAUAUAUUGUUUGGGGGCUCCGAGUCCCCCUUCCACUUCUCCAACACUCUCCAAAAAAUGGCACUGGCACGACGGAGAAUGGAGGGGCGACACAACACCACGGUGAAAGUGAUCACCACUUAUGGGGAAGCUGAAACUAUGGCAUUCUGGGAGAAUGACUUUUUAAGAGCUGCCAAAUGGUUCACCUAUUUUGAUGAGUUUCAGAGAUUGGAGCAAGGGGAGCAGCUAAAAAUCCUGGCCUCUGUCUGGCAUGUGUGGAGUAGACUUGAUAAGCUGGCCAUCACUGCGAUGGGUCGACGGAAGAAGCUGUGUGGAGACUUUGUAAUGUUUAGCCAUGGGGAUGAGUACUCUGUGAUGGAUAUGAAGAAUAUGGAGAUCGAUUUGACAUGGUGUGCGAGGUUGACGAAUCAACAGAUGAAGUUUUUCUACGACACAUCUGAAACCAACAUAACCUACAAAUACGCCCAGGAGAUGAUGGACUUGAAUCCAGAUGACGUGGAGCUGUCCUUCAUGCUUGCGGAGCUAGUACUUACUCAUGCCGGGCAUAGACUCAAAGGAGAAACUCAAGAGAUUUGUGAGAAUUUAUUGGAGCGGCUGGCUAACAACCUUCAUGAGUAUUAUGUGAAUGAGAAGGAGACACCGAGAUAUUCUGGGAGGCUCGCGCAGAUUUUGAAGCUGAAUCGGAAGUUGAGGGAAGAAAUAAUGCAAAUUCGAUCGAAACUGCAACUUGCCAAAGUGUUCGAUGUGCACACAGUGGAGUUUUCUCAUAUGGAGUUUUUUGAGGACUUGUGA